AUGUCACCUGCACCAAUUGAGAUAUUUAAGAAUUACCUGGCAACUGUUGGUACUCCAGUACCACAGUUGACAAAGAAUGGUAGUGACCUUUCAGAAGAGUCAAGGCCUCUGGUGGUGAUGCUGGGCUGGAUGGGCUCACAAGCACCCUAUCUCUACAAGUACACGGAGAAGUGGACAUCACAAGGUUUUAACGCAAUGCAAUAUUGCACUGGCAUUGCAGAGGUCUAUAUCAUUCCAAUGCGUACCAAGAACAUCCAGAUCAUGUUGGCACAGAUCAAGAAGUACAUCAAAGAUCAUCCCUCCUGUCAAGGUAUCAUCUUCCACUGUUUCUCCAAUGGUGGUGGCUUCUACUACUCUGAGAUCUUGGAACAGAUAUAUAACAAUCCUGAAUUCAAACAUCUUCAUCAAUACAUCAAGGGAAGUGUGUUGGAUAGUUUGCCAUCAUUGAGUAUCCGUGCUGCUAUGCGUGCAGGUCGUGCAGCUGGUGGACUCAUUGUAUACCUUAUCCUCUAUAUCUUUGUAUUCCCUCUCUUGAUGCUCUUUGCCAGGAACUUCUUUGAUCAAUACAAGUCAAAUCUCUCCAAUCCCAAGAAUCAAUGGAGUCAUUUGAUUAUAUAUAGUAAGGAUGAUGAUGUAGUUACAUCUGAUCAAGUUGAUAUAUUGUUGGAGGCAUUGAAGAAUAAGACAUUUGCUACAAAGAGUGAUUUGCUUCAGGUCACUUGCUUUGAGAAGUCCGCUCACGUAGGACAUCUUCGUCAUCAUCCACAAGAGUACAUCUCAAGUCUACAAUCAUUUAUCAAGAAUGUCAACAAACAAUCAACAACAACAACGUCAUCAAGAGCAUAA